AUGCCCAACAGAGCUAUCAUCGCAUGGGGAGCUUUGGUGUCAUGUUUUGCCUCAUAUGGCGAACUUUCAAAUGCACCAAAUUCCUUAAUGAAUUGGUUUCAGAUUCAACCUUCAUAUCAGAUGAAAUCCUUGGAUCUGAGACUUCAGUUGGACGGCGACUCCUUCAGACUAAAAAAGCUUGCCCUGUGAGCUUUGAAUUUUUGAACUACACAAUCAUCACAAGCAAAUGCAAGGGGCCUUUAUAUUCUCCAGAGCUAUGUUGUUCAGCUCUAACAGAACUUUCUUGCCCUUAUGUUGAUGUCAUGAAUGAUAUGACAACUGUUUGUGCUUCAACCAUGUUUAGCUACAUUAACCUCCAUGGAAAGUACCCACCUGGCCUUUUCUCCAGCAUAUGUCGAGAAGGAGAUCAAGGUCUUACUUGCCCUCAAUUGCCAGCUCCAUCCCAUCCAAACUCGACCCCACUCUCAAAAUGUCGAUCUCCUGCAAUCAUCGUUGCCUCUGGACUUGUACUUCUCUUCUCAUGGCCUUUUUUUAUGCUCUGAGCGCCCCAUUGUUUGUCGUUCUUCUCUUCAAUAUAUAUAUUUUAACGUUUAUGAAUUAUUGGGCUGUAGUUCCCAUGGCUCAUACUUUUCCAAUCAUGGAGCGUCCUGGUUUAUACAUGUUUAUGAUCAAAUUUAAGGAAAACUUAAACCUAGUUAUACCAUUAUGUUAAUCUUUGUGACUU